AUGAGUGAAGGACCCUUAUACCUGGGUUUCGACCUCUCGACCCAGCAGCUCAAAGCCAUCGUGAUCCAAUCAGACCUGCACGUCCUCGCCGAGGCAAAAGUCGACUUUGACGCAGACUUUGGCAAGCAAUAUGGCCUUAAGAAGGGCGUCCUAGUCAAUGACGACGAGGGCGAGGUGUUCGCGCCCGUGGCCAUGUGGCUCGAGGCCAUCGACCUGGUGCUCAGCCGGCUGAGGGACAACAAGGCGCCGCUGCACCGCAUCAGGGGCGUCAGCGGCGCUUGCCAGCAGCACGGCAGCGUCUACUGGAACCACGACGCCGAGAAGCUGCUGGGCGCCAUGGACGGCCGCGGCGCCGAGUCCCUCAAGGACCUCCUCGCCGGCUCCCUGAGCCACCCCUUCGCGCCCAACUGGCAGGACCACAGCACCCAGGCGCAGUGCGACGAGUUCGAUGCCGCCCUGGGCGAGAAGACGAGGCUGGCUGACGUCACCGGGAGCUCAGCGCAUCAUCGAUUCACAGGCCCCCAGAUCAUGCGGCUGCGCAAGAAGCUGCCCGAAAUGUACGCCAACACGGCGCGCAUCUCGCUCGUCUCGUCGUGGCUCGCAUCCAUCAUGCUGGGCGCCAUCGCACCGCUGGACAUCGGCGACGUGGGCGGCAUGAACCUGUGGGACAUCCGGGCCAGCAAGUGGGACGAGAAGCUGCUGCUGCUGACGGCGGGCGAGCAGGCCGGGGUGGAGGCGCUGCGGUCCAAGCUGGGCGAGCCGCAGCAGGACGGCGGCGGGAGCAUGGGGCCCGUGUCGGCCUACUUUGUGCACAAGUACGGCUUCAGCCCGGAGUGCCAGGUCGUGCCCUUCACGGGCGACAACCAGGGCACCAUCCUCGCGCUGCCGCUGCGCCCGCUCGACGCCAUCGUCAGCCUGGGCACCUCCAGCACCUUCCUCAUGAUCACCCCCAAGUACAAGCCCGACCCGUCGUACCACUUCAUGAGCCACCCCUGCACGCCCGACCAGUACAUGUUCAUGCUGUGCUACAAGAACGGCGGGCUCGCGCGCGAGCGCGUGCGCGACUCCCUGCCGCCCGUCGCCGCGGGCGAGGCCGACAAGUGGGCCAACUUCAACAAGACGGUCCUGUCGACGCCGCCCCUGGACGUGCGCGACGCGGCCGCCGACCGCGCCAAGCUGGGCCUGUACUUCUACCUGCCGGAGAUCGUGCCCAACAUCAAGGCCGGCACGUGGCGGUACACGUGCAGCGCCGCGGACGGCAGCGACCUUCGCGAGGCGGCCGAGGGCGCGGGCGGCGGCGGCGGCGGCAAGUGGGCCGCGGACAAGGACGCGCGGGCGAUCGUCGAGUCGCAGGCGCUGUCGAUGCGGCUGCGGUCGCAGAACCUGGUGCACGCGCCGGACCCGGCCCGGCACCCGGAGCUCCCCGCGCAGCCGCGCCGCAUCUACCUGGUGGGCGGCGGCAGCCUGAACCCGGCGAUCGCGCGCGUGAUGGGCGACGUGCUGGGGUCCGCCGAGGGCGUGUACAAGCUGGACGUCGGCGGCAACGCGUGCGCGCUCGGCGGCGCGUACAAGGCGCUGUGGGCGCUCGAGAGGGCCGGCGGCGAGACGUUUGACGAGCUCAUCGGGAAGCGGUGGAAGGAGGAGGGCGCCGUCGAGAAGGUCGGCGACGGCUACAGGAAGGGCGUGUUUGAGCAGUACGGCAGCGUGCUGGGGGCCUUUGAUGAGAUGGAAAAGAAGAUUCUGCAGGUUGCUCAUAACUAG